GGGGGUUUGUUUCUAAAAGCAGAGGUACAUGCUGCUCCACUGUGUUUAUUUAUCUAUAAUCUUAUUAGAUGUUCAUGUGAACUGAAGCUUUUUAUAAUUUAAUUUAGCUCUUGUGAACAUCUCCCCCCGGAUCUUUGACACAAUGCCUAUUGCUUGCUCGGCUCUCGGAUGUACGAACCGAUUUGUCAAAGGGUCAGAAAUUCGUUUUUACAGAUUUCCCAUCAGCAAGCCUCAGUUAGCCGAGCAGUGGGUACGAAGCCUCGGUCGGAAGAACUUUGCCCCGACCACGAACUCCUGCCUAUGUUCAGAACACUUUCUGCCCGACUGCUUUCGUGAUUAUAACGGCAAACAGUUCCUGAGAGAAGAUGCUGUGCCCACUAUAUUCACACAAGCUGCCAAAGAGGGAGGAGAUAGCACAAAGAUUGAACUACGAAAGAAUCGUGGAGGACUAGUGGCGAAAGAGAACAAUUCUUUUGAGACUAACCAAUUCUCAAAAGAGAGGAGACAAACCCCAAGAGAUAGUGGCCAAAAGGGCAGAACAGUGAAUGAAGGGUUCAAGAAACGCGGAGGUGCAAAACUCUCAUCCAGUGACAGACAGUGCAUUCCAGCUAAAAGUAAAGUGUACGACAGCCAAGGCCUUCUGGUUUCCUGCGGCCAGGACCUGUGCGACUGCCUUGACGUGGACUGCAUGGGCUGCUUCUACCCCUGCCCCGACUGCGACUCUCGCAAGUGUGGCGUCGAGUGCCGACGUGACAGAAAGUGGCUGUAUGAGCAGGUGGAGGUGGAGGGGGGCGAGAUCAUCCGAAACAAGUUUGCAAGUUAGCGAAUGGAAACGUCGACGUGUUCGUGUGUAAGACGUAUUAAUUAAUGUACAAUUAGUAGGUUUGCACCAAAGCUACGUUGCUUACAUUGUUUUUUUAGAUUGUUUUCUUCUGUCGUGUUUCUGCUGUUUAAACAAUAAAACAUAAAAUA